GUUCUUGCAUGUCCUCAAAUUGAUCUCAAAGUUUGCACCUUUUUGUCUGUAUCUUUUGCCACUUCUGUAGCCACUUCAAAUGGUGCAGUUAAACCCAUAAGAAGGAUUGUUAGAAACCUAUUCCAUCUGGACUUCUGCAGCUAGGAAUCCCCAGGUUAAUUGAAAAGGAGGAAACUUUCUUGAUCAGAGGAUGCAAGCUGGGAACUUGAGCUCAAGGGUUUAAUGGCAGAAUGGUCAAGUUUCAAUUGUAGCUCUUGUUCAUACAUUGAUGUUGAGGUUAAGGCAUCUGAUGAAUGUGAGGAGAGGUUAAAGAGAUUGUUUGAUCAAGCUCUGUUGAUCUUUCUUGAGGAAGAGGGUAAUAAUAACAGGCCUCUCCCUGCUAUUCUCGGUGAAGGCAAAACCGUUGUUUUUAAGCUGUUUGUGUUGGUGAGGGAGAGAGAAGGGUUUGAUUCUGUGUCUAGGAAAGGGUUGUGGGACUCAGUGGCUGAGAGAUUAGGGUUGGACAGGUCAGUGUCUCCAUCUUUGAGGUUGGUUUACUCCAAGUACUUGGACAGGAUGGAGAAAUGGGCGGUGGAGAAUUCCAGGGUUGUGAACUGGGAUGAUGGGGAUAGUAUGAAGAAAGGGUGUUGUGGGGGUAUGUUGCAUGAGCUAGGGGAUGGAUUCAAGGGUUUGUUGGAAAAUGGAAAGCGCCCUAAACGUAACAGAGCUAUGGCUUUUGGGUGUAUGCAUGUUGAAGAGUCCGGGUCUGAGUUCCAUAGCACUAGGAAGAAAUUUAAAGACUGUGAACAUCUUGAUGAUGAAGAAGAAGUAGGAACCUCUUGUGGUGUUCUUAGUGAGGAAGGAGGUUUGGGAAAGCAAGAAACUUUAGAGGGAAUGUUAAAGUGGCUCACUUGGGUUGCCUUGUGUCCUCAUGAUCCUUCAAUUGGAGUAAUACCAAACUGCUCAAAGUGGAAGGAGUACACUGGAAGCGAGUGUUGGAUCCAAGUGACUAGAGCAAAGAAAGCUUUACUUGUCCAAAGAGACAAUGCUGAACUCAGAUAUCAAAACUCUACAUUUCUGGGUAACCAAACUAUGCAUCCUUACAUGUACGAAGACGACCGUAGGUCGACAGGGAGGUCAAGGCACAGCGUAAGGCGUCCACAAUUAUCCAAACCACAUUGGAAUGGAAGUCCAGUCUCUCUAGCUAAGUCAGGAUCUAGCCAUUGCAGAGAACUGAUCCCUGUUUGUGAAUCCGCAACAGAUCUUGUUGCAGGAACAUCUGGAGCCACUGACUUGCAAGUAUUCUCAAAUGCAGUCAAAGAGACAAAAAAACCAGAGAUCCCGAGAAGGUAUGUGGCUGUAGGACGUCAUUACCAAGCCCGAGUGGAUGAAUGGACAGGAGGAUCUGGUUUAGAUAGUGAUACUAAAUGGUUAGGAACACGCAUAUGGCCAGUGGGAAACAGAGAAGUUUUGGAUCGUUCACUUGGAGAAGGAAGGCUAGAUUGUUGCAGCUGUGAAAUUCACACCUCUGGUUCUGUUGAAUGCAUUCGAUUCCACAUUGCAGAGAAGAGAAUGGAGUUGAAACGUGAACUUGGCGAUGUCUUUUUCCAUUGGAGGUUCAAUCAGAUGGGGGAAGAAGUGUCUCUAAGGUGGACAGAGAGAGAAGAGAAGAUGUUCAAGAAACUGAUGGUUUCGGAUCCUCAGAGCUUUUGGGAGAACGCUGCAAAGUGUUUCAGAGGGAAGAAGAGAGAGCAGCUUGUGAGUUACUACUUCAACGUGUUCUUGAUUAACCGUAGAAGGUAUCAGAACCGUGUGACUCCCAGAAAUGUGGACAGUGAUGAUGAAGGGCCUUUUGGUUGUGUGGGUAACAGUUUUGGUCGUGAUGCUGUUACUUUGAUUGGUUCAGAUAUUAUGAUAUGUUCUCAGAACAGUCAGUAUAAUGACUUUGACUGAAGAAGCAGAAGAUGAUUGGAACAUAAGUAAAAAGGUUUUGUCUUUUGUCGAAUGUUAGCUCUUUGUGAUAGGAGUAUAGGAGUUUGUAGUGUUUUAAAGCCAAAGACUGGCAAAUGGUUCGACUUGUGGAACAAAAUCGACUUUUAAGAUUUUCAAAAAGUUUUUCUUCCUGGAUACA